ACGGGGCAAGAAGUAUCAUCAAUGAUUCGUAAUGGACAAAGGAACAUCAUCUUUGUCAUAAACAAUGGUGGAUAUGGACUUGAAUUCAAAAUCCAUGAUGGUCCUUAUAAUGUCAUCAAGAAUUGGGACUACACACGCCUUGUUGAUGCCAUCGAUAAUGGCGAAGGAAAGUGUUGGACUGCCAAGAUAAGAUGUGAGAAUGAGCUAACCGAGGCUAUUCAUAUGGCUAUGGGGGAGAAGAUGAAUUGUCUAUGCUUCAUUGAGGUUAUGGUUGAACCAAGUGAUUUAUGCAACGAAGCGGUUCAGCUUGGCGCUUUUUUAGGGUCUUCUAACAGUUUGCCGCCCCUUCAAUCUUGACCUAGUGUCGAAGGUAAAU